CUGUUUGUAUGUUAUUUCUCCAGGCCUAUAGGGGGCGCAGGUUUGCACAGUUUGCUAUGUUGAGCCAAUUAGUCACUAAAAGAAGUGUGAUAGGAAGUGUUUGCUCAUGAGUGAAGCAAGACAUGGUGUGUUUUCCUCCGAUCCAAAGCCAUCCACUCCGUUAAAUCCCUUUGAGUGGCAAUAUGAUUUCACACUUUUUUGCAUUAAAUCCUGUCCAAAUACAACACGUGCCUGUUCCUUGGAGGAAGUGAUGCAAGAGAGAGUUUAGCUGGCUGUGAAUCUCAAUAUAGGACACUGGGUCACAUUGGGUGCAACAGUACAGUGAAAUCAUAGCGCUCUGCGAGGGACGUCGAGUGACAGUUCUACUCUAACAUGGAGAAAUCAGAGGCUGAAGGUCAAAACGACGAGGAAGCAAGGUCCACUCGCUCAAGAAGGUCCUCAAAGUCUUCAGGAAAACUGACUGUUAGAUCAUCUGCAGCAUGUUCAAGCAGGUCGUCAGCAUCAACCCGAGCCAGUAUGGCAGCAGCGCGGGCACAAGCAGAAGCUCAAGCAGCAAAAGCCAGAUUAGCUUACGCUGAGAAGGAGAUGAACAUUAAAGUAGAAAAGGCCCGUCUAGAAGCAACUCUGGAUGUAAUCAACCUCCAAAAGGAAGCAGAUGCAGCCUUGGCUAAAGCAGAGGUAAUGGAGUCAGCAGCAGCUCAAUUUGACAAAGCUGAAUCAGGGGAAGAGUGGCCAUUGUCACCCCUACAAGUAACCCCAGAGCAAAAAGUGAGUGAAUACAUAAAUAAACACAGCCACACUGACCUGGUUCCAGACAUUACAUCUCACCAUGAUGACAGUAAAUAUCAGAAUGAACAAUCCAAACAACCAGUAAUGUACACACCUCUUUGUCCCAAACAAGAGCCAGUGCAGUACUCAUUCAUGCCACAAGAUGGGGCAGAGAGACGACUACAAAGAGAUGUAAGUCCACAGACUCUCCACGAUGCAUUACAACUGCAGCACGGAUUAAGCUCAAAUAAUAAUGCAGACACCAUAGCAAGCGACCUCGCCAGAUUCUUAGCCAAGAGUCAGCUAAUAACUGGAGGGCUGUCUAAAUUUGACGACAAGCCAGAAAAUUACCUUAGUUGGAAAGCCACAUUCCAGAGCACUGUUAGGGACCUUGGUCUAACAGCCACUGAAGAAAUCAACCUACUCAUUAAGUGGCUAGGCCCAGAGUCUUCUGAACACGCCAAGAGAUUAAAAGCAGUCAACAUAAAGCAUCCACCUGCCGGUCUGAACAUGAUAUGGUUGAGACUAGAGGAAUGUUACGGCUCACCAGAAGCAAUAGAAAACUCCCUGUUUGCCCGAAUACGAGACUUUCCAAAGCUCUCCAGUAAAGAACCACACAAGCUUCGCGACCUAUCAGAUCUGCUGUGUGAACUCCAAGCUGCAAAGCUAGAUGGUUAUUUGCCUGGUUUAAGUUACCUCGACACAGCUAGGGGAGUACAUCCAAUUGUGGAGAAGUUGCCCUUCCAUCUUCAAGAGAAGUGGACAAUGGUAGGGUCAAAGUUUAAAGAAGACCACAAUGUUAGCUUCCCACCAUUCUCAUUCUUUGUUGAAUUUGUGAAACGUCAAGCAAAAGCAAGGAAUGAUCCAAGCUUUACCACACCUUUCAACACGACUCUUUCCUAUGCCAACCACAUGUCCAGCUACAGAAAAGAAAAACCGUUAAGUAACCACAACCAAAGGUCAUCGGUUACAGUGCACAAGAUGGACAUAUCAUCAGAGGGAUCAAAGGUAAAAAAGGCAGACGAAGACAUUGAAAGACAGUGCCCCAUACAUCACAAACCCCACCCACUCAAAAGAUGCAGGGGCUUUAGAGCUAUGCUGCUUGAGCAGAGGAAGAGGUUCCUCAGAGACAAUAGCAUUUGUUACCGCUGCCUUGCUUCCACCGGCCACCAAGCCAAAGACUGUACAGUCAUGAUUAAGUGUGAAGAGUGCAAUAGUGAGAAACACCUGGCAGCUCUUCAUCCUGCCCCAACACUGCAAAUGCCCAGACCUCCUUCAUCUCCUGAAGUGCACGGCGGGGAGCAAGCAAAUUCACAAGACCCGGAUGUUACUGCCACAUGCACAGAGGUAUGUGGAAAUAAAAUCACAGGGAGAUCCUGUUCUAAGGUUUGCUUAGUGCAAGUCUAUCCCAAGGGUCAGCGAGACAACGCCAGAAGGAUGUAUGCAAGUCACUUGUAA